CACACACACACACACACACACACACACACAAGACACCCCACCAGCCAGCUUCACCUCCGCACGGCACACACCACCAUCACGUCGUGCAGACUGUUCUCUCCUUCCACCACACUGUUUGUUCAUUUAUUUCACAAGAAGCAAGCGCACGCGAAACCAAGGAACGCAGCCAACACAAGCAAGGCGAGCAGAUAACAACGACGACCACAACGAUGACAGCGCUGCUGCACCGGCUGCUGGUGGCGGCCGUCGUGGUGGCGGCGGCGUGCUGCGUCCAUGUCAGCCAUGCCCAAGAAGACCCAGAGUACCAGAUCGUGUGCGUGGCUGACCCAAACAGCGGCUGCGCAAACUUGCAGUGCUACUCCAUUCCAGUCGACGUGUGCGAGCGCUUGCCAGAUGAACUGGCAACAUCCGGUGGCCUGCCUCCGCCCCUGUACGCCAAGGUGUCUGCCUUGCCCAACACAAGCCCGCAGACAUUUCGUUUCAGCCUCCACUCGAACGUCGACUGUACCCGCGGGAUCCUCUUCGGCAUCCCCGUGAACGUGGACGCACAGCUCAACGAGUGCACCACGGCCGUCAUCCUGAGCAGGGACGCCUUUGAUUUGCUGGUGGUUGAUACGUGCCCCGUGGAUACGUGCCCAGCUCUCGACGCCACCACCACGACAACAACCACCACCACCACGACAACAACAACUACAACUACAACUACAACGACCACCACCACGACUACUACGACCGCCACCACGACCACAACCACCACCACCACCGGCGUCGUGCGCACCACGUCCUCCACCUCCAGUCUGCCCCGGCCGUCAUCAACAUCGGUAACGACCACAAGCGAAGGCAGCGCUUUCACAACUGCCACAGCCAUCGCAGGCAGUACAACGGCAGUGAGUGACGGCAAUAGCGACAACAACGACAGCGGUGAUUCCGAGCGGGUGGUGGUGUGUGUGUUUGAUCCCAGCGUGGACGACUGCUCUGUGGAUGACACCACCCAGUGCUGGACGUCAGACCUGAGUACGUGCCGAGAGCUGACAAGCCUGUUGCUGACCGCCUUUGGCAUCGACACGGCCUACUCCCGACUCACCUUCUCCGCCCUCGCCCGCGAGUACAACAUCGAACUGUACAGCGACGGCGAGUGCACAACACCGCUGUCACCGUCCGUGUCGUCGUUUGCGGUCCGUUUUGAGGCGUGCACGCCCGCAGAGCUCCCGUUUAUUGGCCGCAUUGCCGAUGUGCGCAUCACCGCAUCCUGCCCACAAGCACCGCCAGCGGUUGUUGACGGUGGCGAUGGUGGUGACGGUGAUGGUGGUGGUGGUGGCGAGGCGGAGGACCCGUGUCCGCUGCUACCGCUGUCGCCCUUUGUGACCACGACGACUGCCCCAACAUCCGCACCCCCGCCAGCCCGUACUGUCGUGCUUGAGUUUGAUCUGCCGGGCACGCUGCUGGACAUCGGCCUGGCGGAGGGCAGCGACGUCGGUAAUGGGGCGCCUGCCCUCCUCGACACUGUCAGGACUGCCGUCGAGGGCGAGUUGGAGCGCCGUGGCCUGAGCGCUGGCGUGGAACGCGUGCUCGUUUACCUCACUGGUGGCGAUGGUGAUGGUGGCGCAAGGAGGCGCCGGGAGGAAGGGGACGUUGCUGUGCGGGUUGAUGUGGUGUACAGCGAUGGCGAUACAGCGAGGCAGGUAGCGAACAAGCUUGACAAGCGGCCGCUAGUGAUUGCGGCUGGCAGCGCGACGAACCUGCAGUCGCGUGUGGUCGCGCAUCCAGCAGACACCACAUCACCUGCCUCCUCCUCGUCGUCGUCGUCAUCAUCAGCGGGUGCCAUUGCUGGUGGGAUCAUCGGCGCAAUUGUUAUCGUCGGCGCCAUCGUCGCCACCGUUGUCUUUUGGCGCCGGCGCUCCACUGCCCCGCGUGUGACUACGGAUCUGUUUGGGCCUACGGGCACAACAGCAACAGGGUACACCCCGACUUACACCAGCUACGCGUGAGGGUGUGGGGGGUGGGGGCGUUUCAUCGUCGGCAUGUUGCGGCUGUGCGUAAAUGCGUUUCAUAUGUGUUGGUUGGUGUUUGCGUUUGCAUAAUUGAUUCCUUUGGCGCGCGUGUUUCAAACGCGCCCCGCUGGUGUAACAUAAGCGGAUUGUUCUGCUGGGAUUGCGUGGUGUUGCUCUGCGCGUGUGCGUGCGUGUGCGUGUGCGUGUGCACUUCGUGUGCGCGUGUGCAACGACUGGGAAGCUGCUCGCAAAAGUUGCUCGAAGCCGCCGGCCACCAGUGACGUGUGUCUGUUAUUAAACGACCCUUCCUCUGCUCGUUUUGUUUAAUCGCUCGGAG